AUGGAUAGGUUCCAAAAGAAUGAUAAUGAAAAUUAUUACAAAUAUUAUGUUUUACAAAUAGGAAGAAAAUACACAUAUGUAGGCAUGUGCGGACUUCACAAGCCAGUAUCCAUUUUUUUAACUCCAAAUUUUUUUGUAUACAAUGAAAGAUUUCAUAAUUUUUUUGAAGACACCUAUAAGGCUAAUGAAAUGAUGGAUUAUAUAAAUAGAAAAAGGGAAGAACAAUAUGGAAACAAGAAAUCUCAAAAUAUGUUGCAUGUAAGCAAGGAUCAAUCCAAAGAAGAUAUAAAAAUAGUAACAAAGGAUAAUCCAACGGAUGAAUGUCUUGAUAAAUACAUAAGUAGUGAUAUUUUGGAUUAUAAUAAUGAAGAAGUGUUAUGUGAUAAGAAUAAUAUAUAUGAACAAAAUAAAUUUUGUGAUAAUGAAAAGAGACAUAAUAAGAUGAAGAUAUAUCAUUAUGAAUAUAAAUAUAAUCAAGACUUAUAUUUAUGGAGAACAUAUUUUGACGAAUAUAUAUUUCAUAUAUUUCAUAAUAUUAUUAUAAAAACUAAUAAUAAAUCAAAAAAAGUUAUACUCGUAUUAAAUAUGUUUAUUCCUACUAUUAUAAAAUAUGCUCUCUGUAUAUCUCUUAUAGAAAAUCCUGAAUAUUCCUGUAUAUCAUAUAUUAACGAUUUAAUAUCUCCUUUAUAUUUAUGUAAUUAUAAAACGUGUGUAGUUCUUGACCUUGGCUAUAUUAAUUGUAGAAUAUUACCAAUAAUGGAUGGAGUACCUUUAUAUCAUCAUUAUACUUAUAUACAUAAUGGAGGCUUCUAUAUUAAUAUAGAAAUAAAAAAAUUAUUAAAGCAGCAAUAUAUAAGAAGAUAUAAAAAAGGGAAAAAUAUAAUUUCAAUCGAUGAUGGUAUGAAAUUAUGUUUGGAAAAUGGAAAGAAAAAUGGUGAUAAUAUAGAUGAUGAUAAUAUAGAUGAUGUUAAUAUAGAUGAUGUUAAUAUAGAUGAUGAUAAUAUAGAUGAUGUUAAUAUAGAUGAUGAUGAUAAUAAUAUUAAGUAUUAUUUAAAUUUAUAUCCUCUAGAAGAAAUAAUUAACGUUAUUGACAAUAUGACAGAUGAUGAUAUAGAAAUUAUAAAAAUAAAAUAUUGUUAUAUAAAAAAGGAUAGUAAUGAUAUGACAUGUAAUAAAUAUGUACUAUAUAAAUAUAAUAAUUAUAAUAUAAUUAUAGAUCCUUAUACUAGAUAUAAAGCUUGUGAAAUAUUAUUUGAAAAAGAAUAUGAUCAAAAUAUUUAUUCCUUAUUUUCUAGUAUAGUACAAAAAAUAAAUAUAUUUGAAACAUAUAUAUUUUCAAAUAUAUUAUUAGUAGGUGGUUGUAGUAAUAUUAAAGGUAUUUUAUCGAAGGUUUCUCAAAUAUUUGUUCAAGUAUUAAGAAAUGAAAAAAAAUUCCCACAAAAUUUUCAAGAUAAUGUACAUUUUCUUCUUUCUAAUAUUUCUCCUAACUUACGUCAGUUUGUAGGGGCAUCCAUAUGUUCGAGCAUAGACAAUUUGCCAGAAUAUACGUCUGAGGAGAUAUUGAACAAUGUCUUAUAUGACCACCUUAACGAGGAUAUAUACAUGACAUUCAAGACAUAA